UACCUCUCUCUUUCUUCUUUCUUCUCCUUCUACGUCUUUCUCUUUUAUAUAGCUUCUUCUCCCGCUCUCACUAUUCACUCCCCACUUCCAUCUCUUCUUCUCCUCCUUCCUCUUUUUUCCAAAAUCAGCACUUUCAUCCAUGGCUUCCUCUUCAGACCUCACAUACCCUAAACAAAGAAAGCAGUUUCCCAUCGAACGCAGACCUACCAUGCUCAAAGAUUUUCUCUCAGAAGAUUUCAGUUCGUGUUCCUCAAGUGGGUUCAAAUCGUUUCCUCGCGGACCCGCUGAGAAUCCCACUCUUACUCCGAUCGAAUUCUCUCUCUCUGUUGCAAAAAACCCACAAAGGAGGACCCGAUCAAAUGCAUUUCGAGCCGUCAUUAAGGCCGUCAAAAGCCUCCACUUCGCCACCGUUAAGUCCCCUUCAAUUUUACCCCGAAGCCUUUCACGGAGACUUUCCUCCAACAAGAACUCGUUCUCCACCAAAAGCGAAAAGAAAGAAUCCGAAGUCAAAGUCACCAUCAGAGUCAAAGAUAUCAUACGGUGGAGAUCGUUCCGAGACUUGAUCGACGAGGAGAAAUCUCCACCGUUGGAUUCCGCAUGCUCUCCUCAUCAUGGCACCACCACCACCACCACCACGGGGUCCACCACUACCAGCAGCAGCAGCAGCACUAGCAACAGCUCGAGCUGGUGCGAUAGUGAUUUUACCUCAGAAGUUUUACCACCGUGGGGCCGUAACUCGGACGACCAAGGUGACAAGGUGGGCGAGGUUGGUAAAAACUUUUUACCGGGUGUCGGCAAGGGAAAGGAUUCCGUGGAGUCGACGACAGGAGUAUCCAAUAAGACUGAAGUGGGGCCCAAGGAGGAGUCAGGAUGUGAUGAAAAAGAUUACCAGAGCCCAGUUUCUACUCUUGAUUUUCGAUUUGAAGAAUACGAUGGAGGAUCGGUCUCUUCAUUUGAUCAAAGCCUGGCUAAUACGCAGAAAACAAAGAAAAAGUUGAUGCAAAAACUGCAUCGUUUCGAGAUUUUAGCCAAAGUCAAUCCUCUGAAUUUAGACGAAUGGAUGUCAUCAACAGAUGAUAGCAGCAGUUUCAAAGAAGAAAAAGAAGGGUAUGAUGUUGAAGAAAGGGCAAUGGAGCUGUUGAGUAAUGUGAAAGUAAUGUGUUCAAUUUGGAGCUGCAAGAGCCAUGUAGAGCAGCUUCUAUUGGAUUUCUUUACAGAAGAAUUGACCGAAAACAUGAGCAGACAGUCAAUUGACGAAAAGCGUGAGAACGAGAUGAUUAAGAGAGCGAAAGCUUGGAUGAAGGAGGAGAAUAGGUCUGCCAUUGGAGGGGGAAUGGAGGUGAAUAGAGAGGGCUGUGUAAGAGAAAUGGAGAAAAGAGGAAAAUGGGAAAAAUUAGAGGAAGAGCAGGAAGAGUUAGCCUUGGAAAUUGAAAGUGAUUUGCUUGAUAUUUUAGUAGACGAGGUGUUAUCCGAUGUCUGCUCUCAUCCUCGUUGCUGAACAAAUUCCAAGGAUCAUUUCAUAUUCGAGUAAAAAAUUUUACUUGGACUUCAACCAGGACAUGCUUUGAAUCAAGCCACCGCAUUCCAUUGGUCUUGUUCAAAUGCAUAGUGAAUUACGUCCAAUUCGAAAUGAUGAGUAGGGUAGGGUAAAGAUGUUUUUACCCCCGGAAUCAAAGAGUGAAGCAGAGAAAUCAGGAAAGAGUUAAAAUUGGGUUUUAGGUGCAGCUUUUUUUGGAAGAAAUAAUUGAAGUUUUUUGACAUGUAAAGAUGAGUAGGAGGAGAAAUAAUGAGAGACGUAGCUCAUGCUGUACGUUUAGGCAGAGUCUCUUUACCAUGCCCAAGUCUUUUUCUUUUUCCUUUUCUGAUUAAGAAUUACCAUUUCCCAAAUUUUGUAAAGAAAAUGAGUGAAAAAAGUGAGUGUGCACAUUUAUGGGGCAAUUUUUAUUUUAUUAAAUAGUAUAUAAAUGUCUCAAAAUUGGAUUAGUGCU